AUGGGCUUGAAAUCGGUAUAUCUGUCGCAUUUCUGUAAACGAAGUUUCACUUGUUCCCGGCUGUCGAGAAUGGGCAAAUUACAGUCUGCACCACCGCAAACUUUCGAACUUGAUGGAUUAUUAUUAUCGCCUGAUGAAAAAUGGAAUUUAUCGCCAGCCGUAUUGCGAACAUUGCAGAGACGUUUGCUUCUUGAAGUUGACAAUCCACUCUGUUUACUGAAACAACGCAUCGUCAAUUUUAUUUACGGGAAAUAUCAAGUGAGAGGUGGAAUGUCUCCGCAGUUUGCGGUGAUUGAUAAUCAACCACGAGUAGUUUCUGUAUUUGAUAAUUUUGAUUCCUUGCUUGUACCUACAAAUCAUAUCAGUCGGAGUGUUCAAGAUACUUAUUACAUUAACAAAGAUUACUGCUUAAGAGCACAUACAUCUGCACAUCAGCAUUCUUUGAUCAGGCAAGGCCUGGAUAACUUUCUUGUGAUCGGUGAUGUGUAUCGACGUGAUGCGAUCGAUAGCCUUCAUUUUCCAUGUUUUCAUCAGGUAGAAGGUGUGCGCCUGUUGACUUCUGCUGAGCUUUUUGACGAUUCACUAAAUCGAGAUCCGAAACCACUUUUUGCGAAGGAUAAAAGAACUGAAAAAAAGCAGGGACAACAUACAACGGAUGUCGCAGAAUGUUUGAUCAAAGAUUUGAAGGCAACUUUGGAGACUCUCUGUCAUCAUAUAUUCGGCACUAAUUAUGACAUGAGAUGGGUUAAUGCGGAUUUCCCAUUCACACAUCCAUCAUUUGAACUUGAAAUGUAUUAUCAAAAUAGAUGGAUAGAAGUUCUCGGUUGUGGUAUUAUGGAACAGGAUCUUUUGAGAAUGGCUGGAAUUGUAGAUAAAGUCGGUUGGGCAUUUGGCCUGGGCCUCGAAAGACUUGCUAUGAUUUUAUACGGAAUUCCGGAUAUCCGGUUAUUUUGGAGUCGCGAUUCAGGAUUCUUAACACAGUUUUCUGGGAAAUCUCCCAAUGAAAAUUUCAAAUAUGUGCCUAUUAGUAUUCAUCCGCAAGUAUUCUAUGAUCUGUCAUUUUGGCUUCCAGAAGGUGUUGGUCCUAAGGAGAUGGCUGCUGAAACUUGCGAUUUAAUACGUUCCAUAGGUGACCAACUUAUUGAGCAGGUUAAAAUAACCGACACAUUCGAGCACCCAGAAACAAAGAAAACAAGUCAAACCUAUCGUUUGGUAUACCGAAGUCAUGAAGAAGCUCUUACGAAAGAGGCGAGAAGUACAUUUACUGGUGCUACUGCAUUGCAAGUGAGGUACACUUUCAACAUAGAUGCUGUAAUAAGGAGUCAUGAAAAAUGGAUGGAACGUGCUGCAGCAAUACAACCAAAACAAUCGGAUCCUAAAACUUAUCGGAUAAUUCUACCGCCCCCAAAUGUUACCGGUAACCUUCACCUCGGCCACGCCCUAACAGUAACAUGGUACCCUGGAUUUGAUCAUGCAGGGAUCGCUACACAGGUUAUUGUUGAACGAAUGUUGUGGAAUGAGAAAAAAUUACGGAGGCAUCAGAUAACACAGCAUGAUUUCUUGGAAUUAUGUCAGCAGUGGAAGAACGAACGCGUGGUCGAUAUUACGAAGCAGUUGAAAGCUCUUGGUGCAACACUUGAUUGGAAUAAUAUGUAUUAUACAUUAGACGAUGUAGUUGCAUUUUGUCAAUUAUACAGAGACGGUUUGAUAUUUAAUGAUUUGAGAAUGGUGAAUUGGUGUCCGACAUUAAGGAGCACUAUUUCCGAUCAAGAGGUUGAUAUUGUAGAUAUCGGGAAAAAUGAUUAUUUCUUAUUGAAUAAAUCUGGUUUAGAAGGGAAAUGUGUCGAAGUAGGUGUUAUGCAUCGAAUUCGUUAUGAAUUUUUAAACACAAACAGCUCAUCUGGCAGUAAUUAUUUAGAAGUAGGAACAACACGACCAGAAACGUUGUUUGCUGACUGUGCAUUAGCUGUUAAUCCGAAUGAUGAACGUUAUGUGAAGUAUAUUGGCUUGCGUGUUCGGCAUCCUUUGCUUCCAGAUCGUACGUUACCUAUUUUAGCUGAUACAGCAGUUCAAGUUGAUAAGGGUACAGGAGUUUUGAAAAUAACACCGGCACACGAUUUUACUGACUUUGCUAUUGCUAGAAAGCAUGCAAAUCAGUUAUCCGUUGAGGACUUCAACCGAUCUUGCAUCGAUGAAUUUGGUUGUCUCAUAAAUGCAGCCGAUUUGAAUGGAGUGGAUCGGUUUGAAGCUAGGAAUAAAGUAGUAGAAAAACUGAUUGCAUGUGAUAAAUAUGGUGGAGCUGUGCCAUAUAAUGAACAACAACUGAGGAUCUGUAAUCGAACUGGUGAUAUUAUCGAACCAAUGAUUAAGAAGCAGUGGUUCAUGGAUUGUACUAGUAUGAAUGAUGCGGCACUUAGAGCUAUUGAACAGGGUUUGCUUACUGUAACUCCGAAAUACAUGCAAAUACAUCUGGAAAAUUGGUUAAAUAAUAAGGAACCCUGGUGUCUGAGCAGACAACUUGAUUGGGGUCAGCGAAUACCAGCAUUUCGUCCUGACUCCAAUAGCGACUGGAUUGUGGCCCUAAAUGAGGUUGAAGCUUUGCGCCUUUGUAAAGGGACAAACACCAAAAUGGAUUUGAAACAGGAUAAAGACGUUUUGGACACAUGGUUUUGUUCGUCACUUAUCCCUAUCAUUUUGCUUGGUUGGCCGAAAAAACGAAUUGAUCGCAUUCCAUUAUCUGUGUUGGAAACUGGAUACGACAUUGUUGGAUUUUGGGUAGCACGAAUGGUUGCUGUUUGUCAUAGUUUAACGGGUUACUUACCUUUUCCAAAAAUUGUGUUACACGGUUUGGUGAAUGAUGAAAAAGGAAAAAAAAUGAGUAAAUCGUUGGGAAACGUAAUCGAUCCAAUGGAUAUUAUUGAUGGUAUUUCAGUUCAAAAAAUGUUGGAACGUCUUGAUAAAAGUACUUUGUCGAAAGCAGAAAAAAAAAUAGCAGCAGAUUUGCUGAAAUCUCGAUUCCCGGAAGGAAUUCCUCGAUGUGGUCCUGAUGCUUUACGUUUUGCUUUACUCCGUCAUGAUGUUGGUACCGUGAAUAUCAAUAUUGAUGUUAUACAAACAGCUGUGGAAGGUUUAAAAUUUUGUAAUAAGCUGUGGAAUCUUUGCAUAUAUGCUGAUGAAAUAUGGCGAAAUUGUUGCGAAGUUUCUGAUAAAGCUUCUGGCGAUCGUAUUGAAGAUUCCUGGAUAAGGAGCCGUUUGGAAAGUUCUUUAAUGAUAAUGUCAAAAAAAAUGGAGUCAGAUUGUCCUCACUUAGCGCUCAGUGCAUUACACAAAUUUCUAUACAAUGAUUUAUGUGAUGUUUAUAUCGAGACGACAAAGAAAGCAUUAUGGUCAAAAGAUUACCCAAGGCUGAGAGUAGUUGCUGAAGUUUUGCAUUAUGUUAUUGAAAAAUCGUUAAUUCAUCUUUCGAUUUUUAUGCCUUUUGAUUUGAAGCCUUGUUUGAUUGAUAAAAAACUUGAAGAAGAUAUGUCCUUUGUGCUAGAAGUGAUUAAAGCUAUAAGGUCUAUCCGGGUACAGUUUCGAAUUUCAGCAAAAAAUACUUUAAAAGUAGCUUGCUGUGGAGGAAACUGCGAUCUGAAAAAUUUCCAGUUCAUUAUUCAGGAACUCUGUAACGUCGCGUUCUCGUCAACAGUUGCAGAAAACAAUAAUUGUAGUCUGCCUUUUCCUGUGCCUGGUUAUUCAGCUGAAAUUCAUGUUUUCAUUGGGGAUAAUUAUGGUUCCUUAGUCAAGAAAGAAUUAAUGAGGCGAUUGCAGAAGGCGGAAAAAAGGAAAGAACAGUUUUUACAUCAAAUUGACAAGCAUAAAAAAUUAGCUAGAACUGCAGUCAGAGAUGAUUUGGUAGAAAGACAUCAACGGAAAAUCUCUCAGGCGAAUACAGUGGUGAAUGGUAUGGUUAAGGAAAUUUCAAAAUUAGGAGCUUUAAUUAAAAGAUUAGAAGCAUUUUGA